CCCGCUGCUCGCGUGCGACGGCCAUGGUGUGGCCAUGCGCCAGCAGAGACACCACGAGCGCUGCUUGACCGGGGUGCGAGCUCGCGCGUGCCCCCGUCACCACCACCACCAGAUGCGGCCGGCCAAGCCGGGGGCCCUUGGGCCUGCCGCUUCCCUGUCUUUAUUUGUGCUUUUAAACGCGCCCUCUUUCCCUUUUUAAACCGCCUGUCGGCCUCGAUUUUUGCUUGCUUCUUCUUUUCUCGUCGUCCCCGCCAGCAUGCCGUCACUCGCUGCCUCGCUGCGCCUGCUCGCGGCCUGCCUCGUCGGCGCCUUCGCUUUCCCUCAGUACCGUCCGCGCGGGGACAACUCGACCGGCCCCGAUCCGGUCAGGGCCGCUGCCGUCAAAGAGGCCUUUGACUUUGCCUGGAAUGGCUACUACACCUACGCCUUUCCGCACGACGAGCUGCAUCCUGUGUCGUGGGGCUAUGGGGACUCGAGGAACUCUUGGGGCGCGAGCGCCGUCGACGCCUUGAGCACGGCACUGAUCAUGAGGAACCGGGAGGUCGCGAACCAGAUCCUCACGUACAUCCCCACGAUUGACUUCACGACGACCAACACGUCGGUCAGCCUGUUUGAGACGACGAUCCGCUACCUCGGCGGCAUGCUUUCCGCGUACGACCUGCUGACGGGCCCGCUGCGGGAACUCGCCGACAAUCCUUCUGACGUCGACGCGCUGCUCUCGCAGGCGGUGGUGCUGGCCGACAGCCUCAAGUUCGCGUUCGACACGCCGUCGGGCGUGCCCGCCAACAACCUGAACUUUUACGACCAAAGUACGGACGGCAGCCCCACCAACGGCCUCGCGACCAUCGGCACCCUCGUGCUCGAGUGGACCCAUCUGUCGGACCUGACGGGCGACGACGAGUAUGCCCGCCUCGCUCAGACGGCCGAGGCCUACCUGCUGAGACCGCAGCCGGCGUGGAACGAGCCGUGGCCGGGACUCGUGGGCACGAACGUCCGGCUCAGUGACGGCUUGUUCGUCGAUGCGAGUGGCGGUUGGGUCGGCGGCGUCGACUCUUUCUACGAGUACCUCAUCAAGAUGUGGCUGUACGACACGGAGCGCUUCAGCGAAUACAGGGACAGGUGGAUCCUUGCCGUCGAGUCGACCAUGGCUUACCUGACGUCGCACCCGUCGUCGCGCCCAGACUUGACCUUCGUGGCGCAGUACCAAAACCACAGCCUCAUCCUCAGGAGCCAGCACCUCGCCUGCUUCGACGGCGGCAACUUUAUCCUGGGCGGCGCCGCUCUCGGCGAGCAGUCCUACAUCGACUACGGGCUGGAGCUGGUGGCGGGGUGCCGGGAGACCUACGCGGCGACGGCGACGGGCAUCGGCCCGGAGCAGUUCUCAUGGGACACGGCGGGGCUCAGCAACGCGUCGGCGGGCUUCUACGCCGAGCACGGCUUCUACCCCACGGACGCGUCGUACGACCUCCGCCCCGAGGUGCUCGAGUCGUUCUACCACGCGUGGCGGCACACGCGGGAGCCGCGCUACCGCGAGUGGGCGUGGGAGGCCUUCGUGGCGGUGAAUGCGUCGGCACGCCGUGGCACGGGCUUCUCGGUCAUUGACAAUGUGAAUGCGCCGGAUGGCGGGUCGGCCACGGGCGAUAAUCAGGAGAGCUUCCUCUUUGCUGAGACGCUCAAGUAUGCGUAUUUGGCGUUUGCGGAGGAGGAGGAGUGGCAGGUUUGGGGCGGUGAGGGGGGAAGCAAUGAGUGGGUUUAUAAUACGGAGGCGCAUCCGUUUAGGGUUGCUGGGAAGGCGGUUUAGUGGGGUGGGAUGGGGAUGGGGGUGGGUGUUGGGUGUGGUGGUGGGAGUGGGUGAUGGGGAGAGAAGGGUAUUGGCGUAGUAGAUUGAUUGGUUGGUUGUUGGUUGAGUGGGUGGUU